CGUACCUAUAUCGGAACGACAUCACCGACGAUGCGAUGAUGAAACCACCGGAGAACGGCGCUGCAACGACUAAAGACACUUAUGUGCAAAUACGGUGAAGAAAAUUGAGGACAGCCGGUGACAGCAGUAUGAAUUCAAUGUUUAUCGAACUGACUGGUUUGUUACGAUCGCGAAAAUAUUCAGUGAAAUUUAAACAUCAGCAGAAUUGAAAUUAAAAUCAACAACGACCUCCCCACCUUGUGGGUACUAUUAUGGAAGUAAUUAGGGACUAACUGGUCCACUAGUGCCUUCAACCAAGAUCUGAUGAAACCCCAACACUCACACCUGGCAUCGUCGCCGUAUCGCUAUUAGUGUGAAGUGCUGUGCGCAGUAAUAAUGCAAGAAAGACUGAUUCAUCCUACCCUUAGAGUGUAAUUUGCAACCAGUUUGUGUUUUUGUUAUCACUUAAGUGCACACCUCUCGCCCUUGUGUAUUAUUCGAAUGAUCUCAGAGACUGUAUUCAGUGCUCACGCGUGAAAUUUGUUUUUAUUUUGCCGAGGAAUCACACGAGAAGAGUGGAUUUAUUUUUGAAAUCUCUCCCGACCCAACGACAAACCUCCGCAACGCAAAAUGAUCUCCGGAAAGAAAAACUACGUCGAGCAGCUGCUCCAUCUGGCGCUGACGUUGAGUCUGUUGCGGGUGGAUCCGGAGAACUAUCUUGAUCUGCAGUGGGAGACGCGUCUGGCUGGUACCGGCGUCGGCGGCUGGCAGCUGGAACUCCGAGCCGCUCCCCUCACCGAUCAGACCUACGUCAACCGCAAAGCUCUACCCUCGAUCAUCGAAGAUCUUGCCCGUUUCGACACCCAAUACAAUGUGCCAACGCACUUCGACCUGCAGACCUAUCUGCUCAACAUACAGAACUCUAACUCGACCAACCAAACAUCUUCGGCCAGAGCUUCCUCUCCUGCCCCGGUGGCCACCCAGGAAGCUCCCAACUCCACAUCGUCCGUAACCAUCGACCUACCAACGUUCGAAUCCUUCGACACAGAGGACAUCUUCCUCAGCACGGACCCCUUUGCGGACAGCACUUCGGUGUUCGAGCAGAACAUGGCCGAUCUGAACGACUUUGGCGAAGCCCCCAUCAAUACGUACGCCCUGGAUGCGAUCCCGCUAAAAAACGAGCCACCUCCCAUGUUUGAGGAUCUGAUUCGGUUGCCUUUCGAGCCGAACUUCUUCCAAUAUCACGAUUUUGAUCAGGAACUGAACGAACCCAAACUGGAAGAGCGAUCGGAAGCCGGCAGUUCGCACGAGUGUUGUCAAUCGUGCGACGCCCGUUCGAAACAGGUCAAAGUGAAGGAGGAACCCCUCGGGGAUCAAGAACCUAUGGAAUCGGCCGCCAACGACGUGGUCGUUAAGCAGGAGCCAAAAGAAGAAUGUUUAGAAAUCAAGAAGGAAGAACUGGAUUCAGAUGAUUCCGAGCAGCAACAGCAGCCAGUGACGGCCGAGCUCACACAGGAGGAGAUGGAUCUGAUCGAGGUGCUUUGGAAGCAGGAUGUGGAUCUGGGUUUCACCCUGACGCCGCUGACGGUUCCAUCGGUAGCGACCGGUGGGGCCCGAGGAGUAGCCGGAAAAGGCGCCAAUGCCGCGGACAGUUCAGAUGAUCUGGAGAAGCUUAAAGUACUGCUGGAAAUCAAAAACGACGAUGAUAAGAAAAAGGAUAAUGAUGAUAAGCAAUCGGAGGAGGAUCCCUGGGCUGGACUUUCCUAUACCGUCGAUACCGAAACAGGUGAAUAUGUACUCAACGCCUCGGAUGGCAGCGAGCCGACACUUACGCCGCCGUUAGCGGACCUAUUUCUCGCAGAAGGACUCAAUCUACCGGAGUUGAUCCACGAAACAGUCGUCGAGGAAACCGUAGAGGCAGCAAAAAAGAAGACCACUGCCGAACAAGAGGAGGAAAAGGAAUCCGAGGUCAAACGAAUCGAGAGGGAGCUCGAAUCAUCGGCUGAUGAACUGUGCCUAGGUGCUGCUGUCGCUACCACCAGUGUCAGCGCCGCCAGUGGUUCCACCGCUGCCAGCCCUACCAGCGACAACAGCAGCCCAAGUUCGUCUUCUGCCGACUCGUCGGUUUCGUCCGACCAGGAGGACCGGGACACCCCGGAGGAUCCGAACGCCUCCGCUUCCAGUGCUUUCUCGUCCGAUGAUCUAGAGGAUAUCCUGUGCGACAUGAUGAUCCAAACGUCAACGUCCCACUUCCAGCAUCCGCGCCAGCCGAUGCAAAACUAUGGCCACGGAAUGCACGGAUCGUUGCGACAGGGUGGCUAUCACCAUCACCACCACCAUCAUCACCAUCAGUCCCGCGUUCCGCUGACCCGGGCCGUUUCGAUGGAACAGCGCUGGCAGGAUCUGGCCAACAUGCUCAGCUUCCCGCCCGGGAUGGGCGUCGGAAUGGGGGUCGGUGAAUUGCCCCCGGCUCAUCCGCACCCGCACUAUCCGCCGCAUUACUCGUAUCAGGCAACUGGUGCCAUCCCGCAGCAUGGUCAAUACCACUCGCAUGCCGCGGUAUUGCAGAAUGCCUCGUUGGCGGAUAUCGGGCCGAGCCAGCCUCACUACGGACCGAACUUGGGUUCGGCCGUGUCCACCAGCAUGCACCUGACCAACUCGACCUCGGAGACCGAUGCCGGGGCGACAGGGUACAAGAUGGAUCACGAGAUGAUGUACUAUCCGAAUACAUCAUCGGAGAUGAAUCACACCGACUGGAUUCUGGAUGACGACCUGCAGCUCAUGGACAUCACCGUUAACGAAGGUAUGUACACCAUGCGCACCAUGCUGGACCACAAUGCGACCAGUAGCAAUUCGUCCGUAUUGGGUGGUGGUGCCCUCGGUGGAAGCGCCGCCGCGGUAGCCGCUGCAACCGCCGCUGGCUUGAACGGAUCCGGCCACAUCGGUGGUUUGAUGUCAACCGCAUCGUCCGCCGCCUCAGCUGGUGCCAUGCAAACUUCCCUAAAUGGUUCGGGACACGGAGCCACCGGCGGCACCACGUCCGGUGACCGACUGGACGCCUCCAGUGACAGUGCCGUAUCGUCGAUGGGAUCGGAACGAGUCCCAUCCCUGUCCGAUGGCGAAUGGGGUGACGGCGGAAGCGACUCGGCCCAAGAGUAUCACAACAAAUACGGCGGACCAUUCGAUUACAGCUACAGCGGUAACAACCGACUCAACGAUGGAACCAGACAGCCAUCGGUAGCCCAGAAGAAGCACCACAUGUUCGCCAAACGAUAUUUCCAAGAACAGAACACCACAAUUCCUUCGGUACCAACCGCCAACAAUCCUUCCUCGACUGGAUCGAGCGUUGGUUCCCAGAGCCAACUGAACACAAGCAUACCCAUCAAAUACGAAUUUGAUUACAUGAACCCUGCCUCCUUGAGUCACUUGGAAGGAGCGGUCGGUCCGGUCACCAAACAAGAAGACCAAACCAGUGCCCAUAACCCACUGUCCUCGGUGGCCAUGAAAUAUCCGUACUCCUUGGAUUUCUCCCGGCAAAAUCCCGCCACGGCAGCUGCCUCUCGAAGCCACCAUCACGACGUAAUCAAUCACAACCAUACGUACACGCUGCCGCACAACAGCGGUGCCAACCCAAAGCCACAAACCCGAGACAAACGGAUCCGCAAGGCCGAAGAGGAGCACCUGACGCGGGACGAGAAGCGUGCCCGCGCGCUUCAGAUUCCGAUUCCCGUGCAGGACAUCAUCAAUCUGCCGAUGGACGAAUUCAACGAGCGCCUGUCCAAGUACGACCUCAGCGAAACGCAGCUGUCGCUGAUCCGGGACAUUCGGCGGCGGGGCAAGAACAAGGUUGCUGCCCAAAACUGCCGCAAGCGCAAGCUGGACCAGAUUGUGUCGCUGGCCGACGAAGUCAAGGACAUGAAAGAGCGCAAGGAGCGGCUGCUGCGCGACCGCGAGAUCAUCCAAACCGAGCGCAAGCGGAUACGGGACAAGUUCUCGGCGCUGUACCGCCACGUGUUCCAGAACCUACUGGACGCUGAUGGAAACCCGUACUCCCAGGAGCACUGGAGCUUGCAGCAGAGUGCCGACGGAACUGUUGUUCUGGUCCCCCGGAGCGUUGACCGUCAGCAGGAUAUGACCAUCAGUGGCCACCAUCAGCAACUCGGCAUGGCCGGCGGCAGUGGGCUGUCGCACUCGCACCAUCAACAGCAACACCUUCUGCAUCUUCAGCAGCAGCACCAACAUCCGCAUUCUCACCACGGUGGCAAUGGAUCCAACAGUAGCAGCAGUAAUAGCAGCAGCGCUAGUGGCACCGGAGCUAGCGGAGGCAGCCAGCAUCGUUCGAAAGAGUGAGAUCGGACCCACUGCCUCCAUCAGCAGCAUUACCGGCAUUUGCACCGUCAUCAUCAUGUUCACCAGUGGCCGCCGUUGUUUUACUGAAGAGAAAAAGAGCCGAUCUUUUUGCGCAAUAGGAAGAACAGAGGAGGACGAGCUGCGAAGGAGAUGAGAGACACUAAAAACCAGCGAGCAGUGAAAUAACAAGACCAACCUGUAAAACGGAAGGAAUCGACAAACAUACAACACUCACACGCACUGACAAACAGAACACAUACAAACACACAUACAUACACGAGAACAGAAUGUACCUCAGGAAUUUAGAACACUUAGAAUGGCCCCCGAAACUUAGAAGAGCAUUCAGUUAUGUAGAUUACAUUGAAUCUGAUGUAUGUAGCCAGCUGUUCACGACUAAAUAGUUUUCAAAAUGGUAUUUGGGAUAAUAAACACUAGAUUCUAACGAAUAUUUUUAGCUAAAUGAUAGCUUGUCUAGCUUUUGUUCAGCCAUGAGGGUAUGAUUAAAGAGAACAUGCGUGUGUAAGUGCUUCAAUGUGUUUAACAAAUAGGUAUUUCAGAAUUUUCGGUUACUCUAGAAAAGUUGGUAGAAAACAGCAACAUCUUAAAAAGUUUCAGUUCAUAAUCGACCGAAAGCAAAAUCAUACUAGGCAGAAUGCUCAUAUUGAGUGUUUGGCACCGAAUACCCUAAGAAAGAAAUACCUAGUCGUUUCAGUUCCAACAGACACAUAAAAUAAGGGAGGCCAAGAAAAAGUCCAUCCAAAACACACAGAAAACAAGAUCUUUAAGUAACAGCUAGCGACACAGUCAAAUCAACACAUUCCGAUUGUUCAAAAUUCAUUUUUUGAUCAAAGUGAUUCACUAUAAUUUUUGUUUUUAGCGAUUUGAAAAUUGCGUCUAGGAAGCCAAAAACUGUAGCACCUUAAACAUAUGUCAAAAAUUGAUCGUUAAACACAAGACACCGUGUAAGUAAGCAACAGUAAGACCUUACUAUUGUGAAGCAAUGAAAAUUUAUUAUUAACAUCUUCUCAACUUGAAAUGUGUAAGUACAUUAAAUUGGUAAAAAACAAACCUGAAAGCACUCUGUUAGUCGCUUCAGUCGCAUCCAAUUUUGAUAAUAUCAAUCUCUUUAACGACAGCAACUGCUAUCUAAUGAUACAACAGUGAGUAAUGAAUCCUACCACAGAGAGGAAACCAACUAAUCGAAUCAGUGAAUAAAAAGCAUUAGGAAAUAGGCUUCUCCUUAUAAAUACUUAUAUGAUGAUGGGUGGUUAUACCGCAGGCUCGCAUACCAGAAUAAAGUGAAAAGGUAUCGGAACAGAAUUAUCCGGUCGGUGAAGAUUGCCGGGUAGUGGAGGAUUUGUUGGAGCGUUAUUUUCAACUGGAGAAUGGCUUCUCGAAGAAUUUGUGUCACAACGGGACGGGGUCGAUAUCAGAAAAAAAAGUUAUUACAACAUUUUAUUUACAAAUUUUUCUCAUUUUUUACACUUGCUAAAUAUUAUUGAAACCCCUUCAUUAAAACGUGAUCGAAACAAUUGAGUGCAAAUGACUAUUCAAACAUCCUUUCAAUAAAUUUCAACAGUUUCGAAGAUAAAUAAGGAUUAUUAGUCGUAAAUAUUGAAUGAUCUUAAUUUCUCAAUGCCUUGCCAUAGGUGACCCAGAUUUCAUAAACACUGUCGAACUCAGAAACCUGUCCCAGGGUUAUCGUCUAACUACGCCUUCCGCUCACCGGGGAUCUCCACCGAUAUGGUACAAAGCGCAGGAAACAAAGGAUUACGAAGAUGCAGUAGAAAUCAGUAGUACGAACAGUACACAAAACAUGUGUUUGUGAUGAAUAUUAUGUAUACACAUACUAAAAAUAAAAUUGUUUUUUUUUUUGUAAAUAAUAAAUCAAUAGUUACUUAGAAUCAGGAUGAACAAAAAUGAUUAUGGUCGUAAGAAGUUUAAAAUGGGGAAGGGUUGACCUAAUGAUGAACCGUGCUUAAGCAAGCGCCAAAACUACCGUACAUGGAUCGAACAGGACGAAAGUUUUUUUUUUUAGUUGAUAGGAUGGGUGAAAAGUGCAGCAUAUUUCUCGUUGUUGUGGAUAAUGACAAAGUAACUACUAAACUUAGUGAUCGGUUGCUGCUCCUUGGUCCCAAUGAUGGUCCGAGAACAUUAAUCCAUUUUUUUGUUUUCAAUUUGGUUAACUUUUGCGCUUUUGGGGUUAAACAAUUUCGCUAUUGAAGAAAGUCUGUUAUCUCAUCCCGAGGAGGCAGCCCUGGUAACAUUAAAAGUUUUGUAAUGAUUUGUGAAGCUCCGUAGAUCUAGAAGUGUUACCUACUUCGGUAAUUGCUUAUGCGAAAAACGAAGAAAGUGAAACUAGAAAGGAAACCAUUGUUGCUCGAGAGUGACCAUUUUUAGCGCAGUAUAGUAAUAUUUUGGUGAAAUGCAAGAUAAUGUAAUAUUAUUGUUUGAAAACGAUGCAAAAGUUAAUGAAAAAUGAGGUAAAAUACAGAUAAAAAAUUAUGGAAUAUCUGCGACAGUGAGCGUGGAGUGAUGAAAGCAGAUGUUCCAUCAAGUGAUUAUUAAGAUUGCUAUUGUUGUGUAAAUAUUUAAAUAUAUAUUAUAUACUGAAAAAUAAAUACUGCUGAAAUCUA